AUGUUGUUCAAUAACCUUCUCUCGGCGGUCACUGUGUCUGCUCUUGUGUCGUCAGUCAUUGGCACCUCGUCACGCAACUCGGCGCUGCCAAAGAGACCUCAUGUUGAAGCUGCUCCCUAUGGCACAGGAAAAGCCUUUCCUGCUUCUCCCGCGCGAUCUCGUAAGGACUUCUGUUAUGUCAACGCGGGUAAGGGCAAGAAUGUCGACGAUGCUACUCGCAUUCUGAAAGCAUUCAAGAAGUGCAAUAAAGGUGGCACAAUUGUACUGGAUCAAAAGUACAGCAUUGCCUCGCCACUUGACUUGACCUGGCUCGCUCAUGUCGAUGUCAUCAUUACUGGAGAGGUCAACUUCAAGUCCGACCCGUACUACUGGGCAGACCACAGUUUUAAAUAUGACUUCCAGAACAUGUCCUCGUUCUGGAAGAUUGGUGGCAAGGACAUCAAUAUUUAUGGCGACCUAACAAAGGGGGCAUCUCUGCUUGAUGGCCAUGGGCAAGCUUAUUGGGAAGAGAUGGCUGUCAAUAAGACUCUACUGAGGCCAAUCCUGUUGACGAUUGAGGACGCACAUGGUCUUACUAUGUCAAACCUGCGAAUGCGCAACCCACCCAAUUGGUUCAACAUUAUCAUCAACAGCACCGAUGUUUUGAUCAGUGACUUGGACCUCGAAGCCAAGAGUUUAAAUGGUGUCAAAAUCGCCAACUCUGAUGGUUGGGACACAUAUCGCUCCGACCGCAUUGUUAUCCAAGACUCCGUUAUCAACAACACAGACGCAACAGAUUGCGUAUCCUUCAAGCCAAACAGUACAAACGUAGUUGUGCAAAACCUCGUGUGCAAUGGCUCUCAUGGUAUCAGUGUCGGUUCCCUGGGCCAGUACAAGGGUGAGACCGACAUCGUGGAGAAUCUUUACAUCUACAAUAUUUCCAUGUCCAAUGCCAGCGACGGUGCUCGAAUCAAGGUCUGGCCCGGCGUUGAGACUGCUUUCCAGAGUCUGUUGAACGGCGGCGGUGGUCUCGGCCGUGUCAGAAACGUGACAUACGAUACGUUCUACCAUGAGAACAACGACAACGCUAUUACCAUUACUCAGUGUUAUGGCCAGAAGAACCAGACUCUAUGCAACGAGUUCCCGGCAAACUUGACUAUUGAGGAUAUCACCAUGAAGAACUUCUGGGGAACAGUUUCAACGAAAUACGACCCACGAGCUGGAUCUCUUGUUUGCAGUGCACCCGAUAGUCCAGGUUCCAAGCAAGAAGCCGCCGGUCUAUGA